AUGGUACGAGCAUCAUCUGCAGGUGGCGUAUCUACAGGCACUGGAACAAAGGUCGACGUGACUUUGAAACUGUCACAGCUUCAGAAUCUGUGCAAACGAGAUCCCAAAGGAUACCGUGAAGAUUACGAUGCGCAAAUUCGACGUUUGGAAUCCGAAUGUGGUAUUUUAAAGCUGUCUCCUCAGACGCCUUCGCCACGAUUGAUUGAGCUUAUUCAGUUUGCUGCAGCUGUAUCAUCUUCAUCCUACAAGGGAGCAGAAUCAGAUCGGAUUGCCAACAUGUUGAUUGAACUUUUGGUGGGAGGAACUGAAACCAAAAGCGAACAGGACAAGGCAAAUUUGUUCAUGACAAUGCCAGCUUCUGCCCUUCAACUGGCCAGAGAUGUUCGGAAAUCAUGCGUCUCGGCGCUCAUCCUCAUGCGAAACAAAGGAGUCAUUCCUCCACUGAAACUCUUGGAAUUGUUCUUUCGACUCAUGGCUGUCGUUCCAGACAAAGGGCUGAGAGAACAGCUGUACAAACACUUGGUCAAUGAUAUUCGAAACAUUAAUAAAAAAGGAAAGAGAGACGAAAAAGUCAAUAGAGCCAUUCAAUCCUUCUUGCAUCGUGUUGUCAGCACUCACGUGGGAGAAAAGGGGCAAGGGGACGAGGCUGCAGCUACCGAUGUGGCUGCCAAGAAAGCAACAGACAUGGUUUGCGAACUAUACCGAAAGAAUGUUUGGACCGAUGAUCGUACAGUAGCCAUAUUAGCAUCAGCGGUCGAAUCCAAGAUUCCAAAUGUCAUGAGACGUUCCAUGAUUUUCUUUUUGAAUAUUGAAGAACGCAUGGCAGAAGAUCAGAAAGAAAAAGAGGAUGAUGAGUGGGAUGCGUCACAAAAGGUCAAUAUGCAUUUAUUCUCUCGGAAAACAAAGACACGUCAACGUCACGUCCAAAGACAGCUAAAGAAUCGGACCAAGGAACAAAAGAAGCGAGAAGGAGACACUGACGAAUGGCUCGACAUUCGUGAUGAUCCUGGUGUCGAAGCUUGUCGUAAGCUUUAUCCAGCGAUCGAGUUGUUGAGAGAUCCACAAGGAUUAGCCGAAAGUGUGUUUAAGCGUCUGAAGAAACCAAGAUCUGUGAACUACAGGGACAAAUUGUUGAUGAUGAAUUUCUUGACAAGGUUGGUAGGCAACCAUGAACUCAUUUUGCUGAGUCUUUAUCCAUUCUUGCAAAAGUACAUGAGUGGGACUCAGCGAGAUGUCACUGCCAUCUUGGCCUACACGGUUCAGGGAUGCCACGAAAAUGUGCCUCCCGAAGAGAUUCAUGGAAUCCUGAAAACCAUUGCCCACAAUUUCAUUACGGAACGAUGCUCGGAAGAGCAAAUGGCAGUUGGAAUCAACUCGGUUCGUGCCAUUUGUGCAAGAGUGCCUUCCGUGCUGUCGUUAGAGGAUAAUACUGACGGUGGCGAAGUCAGUGCGGAAUUUGAUGUUGAGGCCUUUGCCAGAGACAUUGCCGCUUAUUCCAAUCACCGCGACCGGUCCGUCGGCAUUGCUGGUAAAGGGUUUAUGAAUUUCAUCCGAGAAACACACCCAAGCCUACUCCAAGGCAAGCAUCGUGGUCUAAAGGGAUCAGCUCUUCACAAGAACAAGGUCAAGCCAAUGCGCUAUGGUGAACAGAAGGUUUCGGGUGGUGUCGAAGGUGCUGAUUUGCUCGCCGAAUACGAAUCGAAAAAGGCUGCCCACAAGAAGAACGGCGGUGGCGAUAGCGAUGACGAGAACGACAGCGAUGACGAAUCGGAAGAAGGAGAUUGGAAAGAAGUAACGGGAGACGACGAAGAGGAAGUGGCAAUGAAAUUUGAUGAUGACGAGGCGGUGAGCGAUGACGAAGAAGCCCCAGAAUUGAUCGUCCAUGAGAAAUCUGAUGAGACAGCAGAUGAAUCUGUAAUCGAUUUGGCCAAUAUGACUGCAGAAGAGCGAGAAAAGCUGAAGCAAGAAGUAUCAUCCAACCGUAUCUUUUCGACUGCUGACUUUAUCAAGAUGCGGAAGCUUGUGGAACGUGAGAAGAAACUCAAGUCUGAUCCACGGGAGGCUGCACGUCGGAAGAGAGCCGUUGCACGGGGCAAAGACUUUGAAGAACUUAGUGAUGACUCUAGUGUGGAUAGUGAUGACGACCAAGUUCACAUCAAGGGUGCUGUGAACCCAUACGAGAUCAUGGCUGAGGCGAAACGAAAGAGACAAAGCAAGGCUGAGAAACUCGAGAAGAUCCUUGCUGGGCGCAAUACAUUCGAGACCACCGAACGUGCUGGAGGCUCCACCAAUACGGAAAAGGCACGUAAAAAGAACUUUCUCAUGUCCAAGUCGAGCCGAGGAGCUCGGUCCAAGGGACGUGGGAAAGGUGGACUCAACAUCAAGAGAGGAAAUCCAACAAUGAAACAGCAAACGGGACACGAAGCCAAGAAGAGGAGAAGAAAGUUAUAG